CUCCAAAACCCACCGUGCACAGCACCUUCGACCAUUUCUCACGAACCCUAACCCUAGAUCUCCCUCCUCGGCGAAACCCUAACCCUAACACAAACCCUAAACACUCGUCACUCCGCCCAUCCAUGGACAACCGGGAGGGGAGGGAGCACCGGAGCGCGGGGGAGCUCGACGACGAGACGAUCGCGCGGAGGCGGUCGCGGCGCGUCAGCUUCGCGGAGACCACCGCGGUCCACGUCUUCGACCGUGAGGACGACCUCGAGACCCCGCCGGAGUCGCGCGGCGGCGGCGCCGCCUCCGCCCCCGCCGCGGGGGUCCACGUGGACCAAUGCGACAGCGACGACUCGAGGGGUUCGGCGCGCGAGGAAGAGGAGGAGGGGGAGGAGGAAGAUGAUGGGGAAGAAGAUGAUGUGGAGCCGGUUAGGUUUAUAAGAGACAUGGAUUUGUUGUCUCCGGGAAGCGCUGUCGGUUCCGUUACCUCAAACGAUGAUGAAAACUUUUUCGGCCCUGUGUCAACAAGCUUUAUUAGAUCAGGGCGUCCUUCUGACUCUGGAAUGUCGGAGGAUAGCAAUCACGAUAUCACGUUGGAUUCCACAGCCUUCUCUUUGCAUUUCCGCAGUAUUGCUCCGCCAGAUGACCGUUCUGCCAACUCAGCAGGCAGCCUUCGAACACCUACGACAGAUACAGUGCCUACUAGCUCCAGAAAUCUUGGAGAACCAGCUGGAUUUAAGAAGAUAUUUGCCAAUUCCAAGCUUUCCGAUGGAAAGGCGAGUGCUAAUAGAGAUGGUUUUAGUGAUAUGAGCUUAGUUGCAGAUAAUCCAAGCCGGUAUGAUUAUGGCAGACUCUCUCCUACAUUAGAAGCUCUGCUUAAUGAAGUGAACCAGACUAUGAUGUCAAGUCCAUCAAAAAAUGAACUUGGUAUUGAUGCUUCUGAUCAUCACAUUGAUGAGUUUGUUCAUGGAAAAGGCUAUGUUAAGGGUGAUCAUCAUCUUGAUGUGCAUAUUUCCAUGGGCACUCGAAUGACUACUGCUGCUGAUCAAAUUGAUAAUGACAAGCACCUUUCUGUGAGGGAAGCACAAUCCCCUGUCAGUAAAUCAGUUGUUAAAAAAUCUCAGGAUUACUUCAAAGAUGUUCGUGAGGCGAUUCCAUCUGAAACAGCUACAUCCACUGCUGAAAAUGCUGUGGUUCCCUCACCCCCAUAUAGAGCAUUUCGAAGCAAAGUUACGUCACAAUCUAACGACUUGCACCAAUCAGCUUUUGAAGAUCAGCAAUCUGGAAGCCAGUACAAUACUUAUUCUUCCCCUCAGUCUGCAGUUCCUGCGCUGGUGCUGAAAGAUGGCCAACAAAUAGUAGAAGCUGAGAAUGGAAUGCGAACCCCAAAAGACAUUAUUCAAGCCUUUCAGUCUCCUUUUAAAGGAUCUGUAUCAUCUUUACGUGCUAAGAGGGAACAGCUCUUUGUUGACUCUGUUGCUCUUUCGCGAAGCCCGAUCCGUUCCUUUUCAUUGAAGACUGAGCUUCUAAGGCAUGAUGAGAGAAUUUCAGCAAUAAAGGAUCGCAUGUCAAAGCGUAGAAUGCCUGGAACACCUAUAAAUGGCAAUUCUAAAUUAAUGCUGAUUGAGAAGAGUCCUGUGCGAUUGGAACGUGAAUACAUUUCAGAAAAGAUGGCAGCUGGUCAUGUAAAUCUUAUUGCCGAGGACCCCAGGCAACUUGAUCUUGCAGUUAUUUCUGAACAGAAUGUGAUCAAUUCUGUUCAAAAGAAUAAGUCAAAGGAUAACCUUGUGAAAUUAGAUACCCCAAGCGAAGCUAGAGAACACAUAUAUAAUAAGAAUAAUGAAAUUGUUGAUAAUGCUGUAGACUUGCCUAAAGCCAAUUUUACCUCUCAUCUAUGUGCCUCCCCUACAAACAUCAAGGGAAGUCCAUUGACUUCUCAUACUCUUAUAGAGAGGCCCUCUACCCCAAAGGCACGUAGUCCUUCUGUAAGACGAGUUAUUUUUCAGCAAAGCAAAACUAGUCAAGCUCCUGACAUGUUGCACAAGGUCUCUGAUCAAGAUAUUCAAUCUCUUCAAGAAUCAACUUCUCCUAAAGAUUUUGAUUUAGUUGGAAGGAAAAGACGACUAGAGCUGAAGACUGGUGCCAAAGAAGAUCGAGCCGGUAAAAUAAUCAGGAGAGAGGAAAGUCCAACAUUCUCUCCUAAUCAUAGGGUUUCUCCAAGACGAGUCGAGUAUGAUAAUGAAGUUCAAAUUGAAGGCCCGUCAACGCAGAAGGAUUGGGCUAACAUAUUCUCUGAUGUCCUUGAAGCAACAAAAGUAGUAUUUUCAGCAUCCAUCAGUGUACUUAAUUUGAAAGAGCUUGAUAAUUUAGAAGACUUGUUGGGUGAGCUGCAGAGGGCGAUAAAAUAUGAUAGGCUUUCUACUUCCCUGAGAAAUCAUGAUCGGCUGGGUGAUCAACAACCGCAGAGAGUAGUAGAAGCAAGAUUAUUGCAAGUUAAGCUUUUAUACGAGCAAGCAAAAUUGCAGCUAAAUCGCUUGAAGCUAGAUAGAUUACGCAAUAAAGCGCAACUAAUUCAAUUUGGAGUACAAGAAUGCUCUACUCUGAAAUGGAAGAUUUCACAGCUCUCUCUUCCAAGCACAAAAUCUACAGAAACAACAAAUAACCAUUGUUACUCAAUUUCAUGCACUUCUAGUAGUAAAAAUCAGGAGGAACUUGACAGAGUAACACUGAUGAGGCACGAAAAGAAAGUGCUAGAACAAAAAACGGAGCUGUUAACGAAGUCCCUUGAAGUUUUUUGUAAGAUUAAAGAGAGCCUUAGUUGCGAUAGGGUAAUUAAAGUUGCCACAGAGAAUUUGAGGAUGAGAAAUUGUUGUAGAAGAAUCCACCAAGAUUUGCAGUUAUGGAAGUUGAGUGACAUAGUAAGAACGCAAGAUCAACGGGAGAUUGUUCUCAAUUAUUGCAAUUUUCUCUUUCUAAGGUUUACUAUAAGAACAGGAGGAGUUUCAAAUAUUGUCUGCGCCAACAUUGUGUUGAAUGAAGGCAUAGUGGAAAAGACUUACCCAAACAUGAAUGCAAGUAAGGCUGUUGAAUUUGUAUUCAGAGGCAGGCAUGAGCAAAGAGUUGACAGCUCAAAAUGUCUUCCUACGAAGACACUGGAAAUCAGCAUGCUUUUGGGUAACGUAGUCAAUGUGCUCGAGGAAGUGCAAACUGCCAGAAUGGAGUUGUUAAAUCUAGCCUGCUCAACCUUCGAAUUUCAACCUGGGAAUACAUUGGGAAGACUCGAGCUAUUGCUUUGUUUCAUGGACUUGAGGAGUGGUCGGAAGCUAACCUUGGCCCUCGACAUGACGGACUUAAACAGCGCAACAUACCCAUCUGAGCCAUCAGAGUUACAGAUUGAGAUUCGCAGAUCUCAGACGACACAACCGCCAAAAGUAUUGGAUGAGAUAUUGGCAGCUGUAAAGAAUCUUCAAAGCGGACGUCCGGUGAUCCUAAAGCUUUGCCGUUUGAUAUCCAAUCUUGUUCGCUCUUCAUCGAACUGACUAGUGGUGAUCCAGCGUAUGUUGGGUAGUGUACUGCUGUUGUUGUAGUUCAUGCAGUUUGUAGCCGGCUUUUUAACUGCUGGAGUUCUUGAAUCUUGUUCGAAUUUUUUGGUGCCGGUAAAUGUUGUAAUGCUGAUUGUGAAACUGCAGUUUAGAGUGUCUAAUCCCAGAAGAUGCAUUAGGAUGGCACUCUGAUCUGGAGAUGGUCUGCCAAAUCUAAAUUUUGUAAAAUAUUUUUAGGGUAAAUCUCACUUUUGGUGA